AUGUCCAAGGACUUUCCAUGGCCGAAUGAAAGGCCCGCCCUUGUCUCUCCCUCCCGCUUCCUGAGUCGCGCCGGCGGCUGCUGCAGUCUGGCCGCGCCGCUGGAGCCCGAGCAGCCGCGGGCCCCUCUGCAGCCCCUGCAGCCCGUGGCGCCGCACCGGAGAGAGCUCAGGUUGAUCUUCAAAAACUAUGGUUAUGUUCUGAUUUUUCUUUUUGCCAUUGAUGAGAUUAACAGGAGUCCCCAUGUGCUCCCGAACAUGUCCCUGGGUUUUCAGCAUUAUAAUGCCUAUCCCAGUGAUGUCAGAACUCUGGAGAGUGCAUUGGGGUGGCUCUCAGGAAGGGAGCCCUCCAUCCCUAAUUACACCUGCCAGAGAUAUACGAAGAACAUGGCUGUCACUGCAGGAAUCACCUCAGAGUUUUUGGUGCAGGCUGGAGCACUGCUAGAGCUCUACAGGAUGCCACAGGUAAGUCUCUCUCUUUUGAUUCAGAUAUCCUAUGGCACUUUUGAUCCUUCAUUGAAAAAUAAGGACCAGUUUUCCUCUCUCUAUCAGAUGGCUCCCAAGGACACUUGUUUGGCCGCAGGCAUAGUCUCUUUAUUGAUCCAUUUUGGAUGGACCUGGGUCAGCAUCUUAGUGUCAGAUGACACAAAAGGUGAGCAGUUCCUUUGGGACCUUAGAAGAAAGAUGACCAUCAAAGGUGUCUGUGUGUCACUUAUGGAAAAGAUUACUGUGACCAAGAGAAUAUACAAACCAAGAGAUUUGACCUUCCUGAACAAAGUCAUGCACUCAUCUGCAAAUGUAUUCAUCAUUUAUGGUGACAGCAGUACAUUACAAAUUAUGAGCUAUUUUGGAGCCUAUAAACUAAUAACUGACAAAGUAUGGAUUAUUACACCCCGGUGGGAUGAUUCUUUGUUACUAGCUUCAGAUUUAUUAGAUACUUUCCAUGGGACUCUUUCCUUUGCACACCAGACCUCUGAGAUACCUGGUUUCAAACACUUUUUCAGAACAGUGAAUCCUUCCAAGUACCCAGAAGACUUUUUCUUUACCAAAUACUGGCUCAGAGUCUUCAAUUGCUCACUAGCAGGAACUGUAUGUGGGGAAAUUCAUGAGUGCCCAACCAAUGCCUCUUUGGAAUCAAUGCCUGUGGAAAAAAUAGACAUGACUAUGCUAAGAGCCAGAAACUACCUCUAUAAUGCUGUGCACCUCAUAGCCCAAGCCCUCCAUGAAAUGAUUUUUAAGGAAGAAGAAACAGGGUACCUGACAGAAGCUGGACAGCCUAUGCAUCUCCCCUGGCAGCUCCACCCAUUCCUUAGAAAAGUACAACUGGAAAACAGUGCUGGAGACCAUGUCUCACUGGAUGAGAACAGAAACUGUGUGUCACAAUACAACAUUCUGAACUACUUGAAUUUUCCUGGUGGUCUGGGCCUUCACAUGAAAGUGGGAGAGUUCACACCCCAGGGUCUACGUGGUCAAGGUUUGAUGAUCCAGGAGGAGCUGAUAGAAUGGGCUUUAGGAUUCACUGAGACUCCCCACUCUGUGUGUAGCAAGAGCUGUGGCCCGGGAUUCAUGAAAAUCUCUCAGGAAGGGAAGGCUACUUGCUGCUUUGAUUGUAUUUUAUGCCCAGAGAAAGAGAUAUCUAAUCAAACAGAUAGUGAGCAAUGUAUGGAGUGCCCUCAAAGUCAAUAUCCCAACAUUGAGAGGAAUCGCUGCCUGCCAAAAAUCGUGACCUUCCUGGCUUAUCAAGAUCCCUUAGGGAUGACUCUGGCCUGCACAGCUCUGUGCUUCUCUGUUGUUACUGCUAUGAUUUUGUGGGUCUUUGUGAAGCAUCAAGACUCUCCCAUCGUUAAGGCCAACAACAGAGCCCUCAGCUAUGUCCUGCUCCUCUCUCUCCUCCUCUGCUUCCUCUGCUCCUUACUCUUCAUUGGCCGCCCCAACAAAGUUACUUGUAUCCUCAGACAAAUCACCUUUGGAGUUGUUUUCACUGUGGCUGUGUCUACUGUUUUGGCCAAAACCAUGACAGUGAUCCUGGCAUUCAAGGCCUUGAAGCCUGGAAGAACCAUGAGGCGGUUGCUGCUGUCUGGGGCUUCUAAUGUUGUGGUUCCCAUCUGCUCCUUGAUCCAAAUGAUUAUCUGUGGGGUCUGGCUGGGAACCUCCCCCCCAUUCAUUGACACAGACACACACUCAGAGCCAAGAAAUAUCAUCGUUGUGUGCAACAAGGGCUCAGUCACUGCCUUCUACUGUGUCCUGGGAUACUUGGGCUCCUUGGCCCUAGGGACUUUUUCUUUGGCUUACUUGGCCAGGAACCUGCCUGACAUCUUCAAUGAGGCCAAGUUCCUGACGUUCAGCAUGCUGGUGUUCUGCAGUGUCUGGGUGACCUUCCUCCCCGUCUACCACAGCACCCAGGGGAAUGUCAUGGUGGCUGUGGAGAUCUUCUCCAUCUUAGCCUCCAGUGUGGGGCUUCUAGGCUGCAUCUUUGCCCCAAAGUGCUAUGCUCUCUUCCUAAGACCAGAUAGAAACACAUCAAAAGGGUUAAGGAAUAAAAUAUAUUUGGAAGGGAAGUAA